UUAAAACAAAAGAAAAAAAAUCCAACUCGUUUGUGAAGAAGAAAUUUUGGUUGAAUUUAGGAAAUGUAUUUCAGCAAUUUGUGCAAACUAACCUUCUAACUUUUACACAUUUGAAUGUGACUGAAAAUUAUGAAAUAUAAAUUGAAAUAACAAUUGAACACAGUCAUUAUUUGUCGAUUUAUUUAAAUGGUGAUUUUCAGUAAAAAUACUCUUGAACGUUUUAUAACUAUACAUAUAACAAACACAAAAUCUUAUCUGAAAAUUUAUAUAGUAUAGAAAAAAAACAUUGAUAUUUAAACGAAAACUACUUAGUUAUGGAAGCGUCGCCUCCUUAUUAUCUUCUCUUUAUUAUCUUGUUAAUAAUUACUUUAUAUAUUGAGCAAACAAAAGAAGAUAUUAAAGUUCAUACUGCUGUACAAAUUAAACGUCCUUCAAAUCGUCAUUGGAUUGAACGUGCUUCAUCUGCUCGUCAAAUUACAACACCAUCUAUAAUAACAACUACAAUCACUUCUAAUAGAUUUAUUUAUUCAGGAAAUGUAUCAUCAAUUAAUAUGAGUUCUGAAAUCAUAAAGAAUUCUGUUCGACGAAAAGAAUUACAAGAUCAACCACAACUACAAAAUAUUUAUUCUCAAACAUAUCUUGAUUAUCAAGGAAAUAGAAAACGUCCAAUCAAUGAAUAUAAUCAACCUAAUAUUUUAUAUCCACACGAAGGACUGAACGCAUUUCAUAAUUUACCUUCGUGGUACAGUUUACGAUAUAGACGAUACCCACGGGAAGAGCCAAACCAUCCUUAUGAUGAUAACAACUUGCAAUUACCAUGGAAUUAUAAACCAAAAUGUAGAUCAUGCGGUCGACCAUUAUUACAAGAUUCAUUUUGUAUAGAUGAUUUCGUUUUACGUGUUUAUAUUUACAAAGAAUCCGUGGAACCUAAUGGUCAACGCCACUACUUGGCUUAUAUCUAUCAAGUAUACAAGGAUAUUAAACAUUAUAUGCAACCAACUCUUGUUCAUCAAAUCGUAUAUAAUUGUGAUCGAUUUCAAACUGGUCCAAUGUUAGGUGAAGUAUACUUAAUAACAGGUAUUUACAUAUCAGGUGUUCCACAUGUUGAUUCUUGUUCUUGGAAAGCACCAUGGAAUCAAGUAACGAAAGAACAAAAACGAUAUUUACGCAACCGGUAUAGCAUUCAGUGUGGCAUAUGUCAAUUACAAAGAGUAUUAUUUGUUGAUCCAAUAUAUCACCGUAAUCCAAAAACAUGUUAUUUACCAAUUAGUCCAAAUUCAAAUGAAAUGAUGUGUAGAGAUAAAUUUUCAUUGUGUCGUUUACAAAGAAGAACUAAUCGAUGCAAUUUUAUAAAUAAUAAAUCGUAUCGUAUAUGUGAAACAUGGUCAACAAAACAUAUUUAAUCUAUCACUCUUUUGUUUUUCUUCUAAAAAAACAAAAAUAUUGUUCAUCUUUUUGAUUCUUAUAUUCAUCUAAUUAUUGUAUAACAAUUCAUACUACUAAUAAUAAUACUAUUAGUAAUACAUAAUGUAAAUAGAUAUUACAGAACAAUAGAAGCUUAUUAAAUUGAAUUGCACAGAUAUCUUUAUUGAACUUCAUUUAUAUGAUUUAUAUUCUCAUAAAUUUUAUUUAUAUUUUCACAUUCCAUAGAAUAUAAUCUUAUUCUAAAAUAUUGAAAAAAAUUAUGUAUCAUUUACUUUCUUCUUAUAUUGUAUUCUUUUAUUUACUAUCCCCAUUACCGUUAGAAACUAGAUUUACAUAUAUACAUAUACAUAUAUAGAUAUACACAAUAUCAAAUGGUGUUUAACUAAGUUAAUAUAAGAGAAUGUAUAAAAUGAACUUAUUUCUUCGAUAUGAAUGUAUGUAUUACUUACUUACUUACUUACGCCUGUUACUCCUCGUGAGUAUGUAUGUAUGGUUUUUACUUAUUGACAUACAUUUCAUUGUCUCUUGAAUAAUCUUUUUUUAUUUGGCGCCUUUCUUCAAUUAUAAUAACAAUGAUAAUAACAAUUCUUAUUGUUUUUCUUUCUUUUAGAUUUAAAAAAUAAAAGAAACAAACUUUCUGUACAAAACAUUCUGUUUUUGAAAAACAUCUUUAUUCAUAAUUUUUAUUGAAUGUAAUAAAACAAAUUAAUUCUGUAUAAUAUAAACUUAUUAUUGUUUAAAUUUAAAUGAAAUAAUAUAAAACUGAAUUAAACGUUAAUUAAUUAAGUGACAUAUUUAGAUUAUUAUUAUUGUUAAUAAUAUAAGUGAAGUUACUUUGGCA